AAACAUAUGAAAAGCCAUAAAUUGAAAACAAUUAUUUUAACUAUUUUCAUUAUAAUUAUUAUUGAAAAAUUGUAGAAUCGAAGCAAUAAUAUUUUUAUUUUCUUUAAAAACUAUAAAUUACUUAAUAUUGAUUGCAUUUAAUAUUAUUGUGAAUAGUACUUUAUAUAUACUAGUUAGCAUUAAAAUUAUCACCUAACCUCUUCGAUUAUUCUGCAAACAUUAACAUUUUGACAGUUCUCGAAUGAUAGAUUAUACUUUAUUAUUUAAGCGUUAAUUUGCAUGUAUAUAAUUAUAAAUUAUGAAUAGAAUUAAAAAUAUCAUCUAUAUCUGACGCAUAAUGAGUUUAUUGUGAUAAGUUACUUAUAAAAGUAUUUAAAAAAAAAUGUCUGCAAUUAUAGAUGAUAAAGUGGUUGCAGGAGCAAAAUCUGCAAACAUUGUUAAAGAAGAUCCUAUUGUAGCAUUGACGGAAAAAGUUAAUGCAUUAUAUUUUUUUCGAGAUCACUAUUUUGAAAAUCAUUCUAUUGAAGAAGCCAUUAAAAAAAAUAAUGAUUUAGAAAAAGAGAUGAAAGAUACUUUAAAUAAAUUUGAUGAAUGUAAAGGCUAUGAAAUUGAUGGAUCAAGAGCAAAAUAUUAUUAUCUAAAAGGAAAAGCUUUAAAUGUUACAGAACGUUUUAUACCUCAAGCAGAAGAGUUAUUAACAAAAGCAGUGAAAUUAGAACCUAAUUUAGUAGAAGCAUGGAAUGAAUUAGGAGAAUGUUAUUGGAAAAAUGAUGAUAUUCAACAAGCAAAAAAUUGUUUUGUUGGAGCUUUACGUCAUGGUAAGAAUAAAGUAUCCUUAAGAAAUUUAUCAAUGGUAUUCAGACAAGAACCAAUUCUUAAUGUUGAACAACGAAUGCAAAAUAUACAGAAAGGUGUAGAACAUGCUAAAGAAGCAGUUAGCCUUGAUACAACAGAUGGAAUUUCUUGGGCAAUAUUAGGAAAUGCUUAUUUGUCUUCCUUUUUUACAGUAGCACAAAAUCCUGCAAUUUUACGACUUUGCAUGUCAGCUUAUGCACAAGCAGAAAAAGAUAUUGUAGCAGGAAGUAAUCCUGAUUUAUUUCAUAAUAAGGCAGUGGCCUUAAAAUAUCAAGAAGAAUAUAGUUUAGCAUUAAAGUCUUUUGAAAGAGCAAUGCUAUUAGAUCCAUUAUGGGAAACACCACGUAAUAAAAGAGAUGAAUUAUUACAAUAUUUAAAAGAUGUACAAAAUUCAGUAAACAAUAGUGGGAGAGUAAAACCGAAGAGAUUGUAUCAAAUGAUAAGGGCAUUGGAUGUUAAGCAUUUGGGACCAUACAAAGGUGGCUCUUUCACAUCCGGCCAGAAGACUGUAAAGUUAGAUUUAAUAUUAUUGAAAGAUUUAGUCCUAGGAUUAAAUCCAGAGAAAGUUAUAUUUGGAAAAGUAGUAUGUUGGAUACAAGAUACUGAUUGUGUACCUUUCGCUUUUUGCCUUGUUGAUGAAGAAAAAACAUGUAUUGCUGUAACAGUAUACAAUCUUGCUAAAGGUCGUGGAGUUACUGUAGGAGAUUCUGUUGCUAUACCCGAACCGUUCGUGAUUCAUCAAAAGUUUUCUUAUCUUAAUAAUGAUUUUGACUUCAAAUCUAUACGCGUCGAAACUCCGGUUAUAUUGGUUGUUAAUGGAAGAAAAUUAGGUAGGGAACAAGAAGCAUCUGCAAAAUUGCAUACCUUUAAAAAAACCGAUUAAGGUUUACGUACAAAAUUCAUUUUGAAUUAAUGAAACACAAUUAGUAAUGAGAUUUUUUUUCAUCUCAAAUUUAAAUUAAUGUCAGUGAAUAGACAAUGUGAUAUUUAAAUUUUGAAUCUAAGUAAUAAUUAUACAUUAACAGAAUUUAAUAAUCUUACCACAGUCAAUAUUUCUGAAGAUAGGUUGAUCUAUUUACAAUUGUUGCUCAUUUCCAUAGAAAAUGUGUAAAUUUGAAGUGACGAAAGUUCUGAAUGUCUUGAAUGUUUUCAAUUUAUUUCCGAUAUAUUGAUUUAUAGAGAAGCUCGAAGAAUUCGAAUACAUGAAUUUUUAUGAAAUUUUCUAUAUAUAUAAUAAAAAAUAAAUUCAUUUAAAUAAUUCUUAUAUGAUAAGCAAUAAAAAUUUUUAUAAUACAUUAAAAUUUUAUAAAAAUUACUAAGUAUACAUUCUUCAAGUUUCUCUUGUCGAUUCAAAAAUUUCAGAAUGUUUUAUAUAUAAUAUAAUCGAAUUUCAUAUAAAAAUACUGAUUUUUAUAAUAUAUCUACGCGUAUUUCUUAAUUUUCAAAUAAUUUCCAUUUAAAAAAUUAUUAUACGUUUGAAUGUUCUUGAUUUUUUUUUUUUUUUUGAAUUUGUUUCGUAUUUUUAAUAUGUUUAUUGUUAUGAUUUCAUGAUAACGAGGAAAGUCAGAAAAUAAGCUAAAAGAUAUAGUCCGUUAAUAUUUAAAAAAAUAAAAUAAACUGAUUUUUCCUAUAAAUUUUACUCCAUCAAUCAGUUUUACCGUGCCAAUAAUAUAACUUUUUCUUAUUCGUACAAAACAGAAACUAACCGUUCUUUUAUACUCAAAUACUCACACAAAUUUAUUUUAACUCUGCUAAAAUAACGUCCAUAAGUUUGUAAGGAUAAAACAUAUUGUAAAAUAUAUAAUACGUAGAUUUAUUUUCAAAAAUAUUGAAAUUGAUUUAUCGAAGUUCACACUCGAGAAGAAAACUAGCGAGAAAAAAGAAAAAAACGACGAAUCCUAUUUCUGUUUUUGUCGCUAUAUUUCUGAAGAGCUUAAACGAAAAUGCAACAGAUAUUAUUAAAACAAUAUGAAAAAUAAACCGACAAACAUAGGAACAGGAUAUCGCGUUUUUUUCAGUCAUUUUUACGAAAAUUGCUUGUGAUAUAUAUAUAUGAUAUAUAUAUAUUUAAAACGUUUGUAUAAAAAUGUUUUCUAUCGUCGAUUAUAUUAAUAAAUACUUAUUUAAUAACAA